AUGCCGAUACGCACCAUCAAUCCCUUUGUCGCGAACUCUCCCUCACCCUCGGUCGAUGUCCUGAGCGAAAAGCCCUCUCUGCAAAGCUACAAGUCGCCCUCCACCAAGCCCAACAGCCGCAUCGCCAGCUUCUUCUCGUCGCCCAAGGCCGCCUCUCUGCACCCCAACCCUCAGCACACGACCCGCCGUCCUCCCUCGCCUCAGGUCAACCGCGCCACACUGUCCCUGCCCACAAUCAACCUCACCACCGCUACUGGCGAGAAGAGCAAGAUCGAGGAGAGGCCAAUGACCCUUUUCCAGCCCCCUUCACCCGAAGAGGCGCGCCGCAUUGCAAAGGCACACGCCGCUUUUGGCCCCAUUGGCUCGCAAGAGCACCGCUACUCGAGUCGUCACGAUGGACAAGCCUUCCCCGAGCCCAUCGAGGACACUCCGCCAUACUACUUCCUCCUGACCACAUACUUCAGCUACCUCGUGCUCAUCAUCUUCGGCCAUGUGCGCGACUUUUUCGGCAAGCGCUUCAAGCAGGAGCAGUACAAGCACCUGUCGGCACGAGACGGAUAUGCACCGCUCAACAGCGAUUUCGAUAACUUCUACAUCCGCAGACUGCAGCUGCGCAUCAACGACUGCUUCAGACGCCCCAUUACUGGAGUGCCCGGUAGAUUCAUCACUCUGCUCGACCGCAAGUCUGACGACUUCAACCUGAGUUUCAAGAUGACGGGCACUACCACCGAAACCCUCAACAUGAGUUCCUACAACUACCUCGGUUUCGCCCAGUCUGAGGGCGAGUGCGCAGACGCCGUAGAGGUCGCUACCAAGAAGUACGGCGUCAGCUUUGCCAGUCCCAGAGGCGACGCCGGCACUUCUGAGCUCCACGUCGAGGUCGAGAACCUGGUCGCCAAGUUUGUUGGAAAGGAAUCAGCAAUGAUCUUCUCCAUGGGUUUCGGCACCAACGCCACCACCUUCCCUGCACUCGUCGGAAAGGGUUGUCUUAUCAUUUCUGACGAGCUCAACCACUCCUCUAUCCGCUUCGGUGCUAGACUCUCGGGUGCUGUUAUCGAGAUGUUCAAGCACAACAACAUCAACGAUUUGGAGCGUGUCCUCCGCGAGAGAAUCUCUCAAGGCCAGCCUCGCACUCACCGUCCCUGGAAGAAGAUUCUCGUUGCUGUUGAGGGUCUCUACUCCAUGGAAGGCACCAUGUGCAACCUCCCUGAAAUCGUCGCUCUCAAGAGAAAGUACAAGUUCAACCUGUUCGUCGACGAAGCUCAUUCCAUCGGUGCUCUCGGUAUGCAAGGUAGAGGUAUCUGCGAUUACUUCGGUAUUGAUCCCGCCGAAGUCGACAUCCUUAUGGGCACUUUCACAAAGUCGUUCGGUGCAAACGGUGGCUACGUUGCUGGUGACAAGGCCCUCAUUGACAAGCUUCGUGUGACCAACGCUGGAACACUCUUCGGUGAGGCGCCUUCUCCUCCAGUUCUGGUUCAAAUCUCUUCGGCUCUUCGUCUGAUCAUUGGCGAGAUCGCUCCCGGACAAGGUCAAGAGCGUCUCGAGCGAUUGGCUUUCAACUCAAGGUAUCUUCGCCUCGGACUCAAGCGUCUUGGUUUCAUCAUCUAUGGCCAUGACGAUUCGCCCAUCAUUCCUCUGCUUCUGUACAACCCCGCCAAGAUCCCUGCCUUCUCCCACGAGAUGCUCAAGCGCAAGAUCGCUGUCGUCGUCGUCGGAUACCCUGCUACACCGCUCAUCUCUUCCCGCGCCAGAUUCUGUGUCUCUGCCGCUCACACCAAGGAUGAUCUGGACCGUCUGCUCGCAGCUUGCGACCAGGCUGGCGAUAUCCUGCAACUCAAGUUCAGCAGCGGUAUUGCUGGUGGCAAAGAACCAAUUCCAGAUGGCUUGAUGAACGUUGAGGAGAUGGAGCAUCGCGACGACCUUGCAAAGGGCAAGACUCCCACCUACCAGCCACCUCGCUGGAAGCUUGAGGAUAUCAUCAAGCGUGGUGUUCAGGACGUCAAGGCACCGCUGUUCUAA